GGAGCUUUUGCUCUGGGAUCUAAAGGCAUAGAUCCUAUGAUCCUAGCAGAAAUGUUAUAAUGAUUCACCUGUAAUUGGCAGAGGAGAGAGAAGAGAGAGAAAGAGACUUUUUCUUGGUUUGAUGCCUUGAAAGGAGGAAGAAAGAGAAAAGUUACCCAAGAUAAAAAAAAGGGUGAAAGCCUUGUGAGAGAGAGGAAAGCUGCUGAUGGGCAUCUCCAUAUUUCAAACUCAACAGUGUACUAUUAUAGUUCUCCAUUGGAGGGUGUACAUGUGUGUGUGAUCUUGAGAAAGCUCAGAGCGAGUGAGAGAGCAGAUUAAGUAGGCUAGCUAGGCUGACCAUUUCUAAGUUCCCAUCUUGGAAGUAGCAAAGCAUCAAGAGAUAUCCCUAGCUAGCUUUUACUAGCAAAGCAACACCAUGAUGGCAUCCUCUUCUUCCUCCUCCGACCUCAGUGCUGCAGAUCAUCAUCACCUGAUCUUGCAAGGUGAUCUCCCAUGGCGGCCUCCUUCUUCUUCCCUACCACUUGCUCCAGCUCUUCAGCACGCCAUUGGAGGCACCCACCAACAAUGGAACCAACCCCUAAUACUUGACCAGUUGAGUCCAGAUGAGCUUGAGCUACUCCUGCAGUCAGCACAAGCCCAGCUCCACCAUAACCAUAGCCAUAGCCAUCUUCCUGCUGCUGCUUCUCCAUUAACAGCAGCAGUAGCUCCUCAUCAGCUCAGCUCACUGCUGAUGAUGCAAGAGCUAGGGUUCCAAUGGAGCAGCGCCGUCACAGAGACGACGGCAGACACAAGCAGCAGCAGCCAGCAGCAUCAAGAUGCAGUACUCAAAGACGAUGAUCAGGAGGAGGCGCCCAAGCUAGCAUCUGUUGGAUCCCUUAUUAAUAGCUGCCGGCAUAGAUCUUCGCCGAUGACCGUUGAUUACAACGACAUCGUCGUUGACCACGGUGGUGGCGGCGCCGUCGUGCUCCCGAGCUUCAAUGUCUCGCUGAUGCAGAAGCCGUGCCCGGUGGUCGGCGGAGAGGCGUUUGAGAUGCUUUGCAAGAGCGGGCAGCUGGCAAUGAUGCCUACUUCUGGGACGCGAUUGUUGGGAUCAGAGCAUAUGGCCUAUGACUAUGGCCCUCCUGCUCAUCAUCACCGUCUUCUUCAAGGGCCAUCGUCCAGCUACAAGAUGGGUACUGUGCCAGCUGCUUUAUUGAGUGGAAAUGGAAAUGUAUCAUCAUGUCAUGAUGAGCAGCAAUUGCAAUUAGCUGCUGCAGUAUCAUCGAUAUCGUCCAAGAAGAAGAGUACUAGGCUAAGACCCUCCACCACCAUAAUUCCUUCUUUCAAGGUAAGGAAAGAGAAGUUAGGAGAUAGAAUUGCUGCUCUCCAGCAACUGGUCUCACCCUUUGGCAAGACUGAUACUGCAUCAGUACUCAUGGAGGCCAUUGGGUACAUCAAUUUUCCUGACCAUCGUUUACUUGAUUCAUUGACUAUUGCAUAUGUAAUGCAGACUUUAAGCGGACCCUACAUGAAAUCGUCCAAACAUAAGAAAGCCAGGACAACACAACAACGGGGGCCAUCUAACACCGGAGAUCAAAAGGAGGAAGCAAAGCUUGAUCUUCGCAGUAGAGGGCUGUGCUUGGUGCCUCUUUCAUGCACCUCCUACGUCACCAAUGAGAAUGGCGUUUGGGCUCCACCUAAUUUUAGGGGAAACUAACUAGUGUGAGCUGCAAUUAAUAGAUCAAUCCAGCACACAAGUGUACUCAGAAACAUUAAUCAAUUAAUUGCAGAUCUCUGAGAAAACUAUGUUCUUAUGUUCUCUCUCUCUCUCAAUGGCACUAAAUGGGCUGUA